AUGAUCAUUUGGAACAAUGUGGGACCCACUCCAAACCAAAUGCUUGAGAUCAUUAACAAUCUGGACAAGCCAGUUCGCCUUACGAUGACUACAAGUGAGGAACAGAUAGACUUUCUAGAUGUUCGUGUGUACAAGGAGAAUGGCAAAAUAGCCUACACUCUAUUCAAUAAAUCAACUGAUAGGAAUACACUCCUGCAUGCUGAGAGCCACCAUCCAAGACCUCUUAUUAAUUCACUUCCUCAAUCACAGUUUAUGAGGGUAAUUCGUAAUAAUUCUAAUGUGGCAAAUAUAAAGAUUCAGCUACAAACUAUGUGGGACAAAUUCCUUGCACGGGGUUAUAACCCCAGAAGUUUAUCAAAAGCACUGAACAGGUGUUAUGAAACACCAGUACAACGGACAGACACAAGAGAAAGACUGGUCUUUUCUGUAACGUACACCACCAUAUCGGACAACAUUAAACAAUCAGUGGAUCGAAAUUGGAGAAUAUUACAGAAUGGUACCAGUUUACCAUCACAAUUUAAACAACGCCCGAUGAUGUGCUACCGAAGGGAUAGCAAUUUGAGGGAUUUACUGGUUAAAACUGAUCCCACUCAUUGCUAUAGCCAACCAACUACCUACCAGAAUGUGGGGUGUCACAGAUGCUUGGGCUGUGUGACGUGUAGUCAUAUGAUUCCCAGCAAAUCGUUUACUCACCCUCAUACAGGGAAGAAAUAUCUAAUAAGACACAGAAUCACCUGUACAAGUGAUUAUGUCAUCUACAAACUGGGGUGUCCUUGUGGUUUGGUAUAUGUGGGGAAAACUGAGCUACCACUACGUGAAAGAAUUCGGAACCAUCGGUCGAGUAUACUUAUCGCAUACAGGGAUAAAGGAUCAGAACUACCGGUUGCAAAGCACUUUUUGGAAUUCAACCAUCCUCACCCUACAAUUACGUUUUUGGCGAUUGAUCAUAUCCCACAACUGCUGAGGGGUGGUGAUCGCAAGAAGCUCUUACUACGAAGGGAACUAUACUGGAUUAGAACUUUAGACACAGUGCAACCCAGAGGAUUGAAUGAAAAAUAUACCCUGGGGGGUUUUCUAUGAUGAGACAGCAUCUCGGACUGAGGUUGUCAGUAUCUCAGAUUUCAGACGCAAUAUCAAGCUUUAUUAUUUAUUAUUUCUUAAGAGGAGAAAGCAUCUCAGACUGAGGUUGAUAGUAUCUCAGGUCUUUGAUGUAGUAUGUAGUAUUUAGUUUUAUUUUCCAGUAUAGGUGGGGUUAUAUUAGUGCCUUUCUGCCAUUAAAAAUCUAGGGAGAAGAUUGGAAUAUUGGAAGUAUACACUAUUAUUCUUUGAAGGUGUGAAAAGAUUUUUUCGUAUUAGAUAGAUAUCUUGUUCCAUUAUAUAGAGUAGAAAUGGGUAGGGAACAAGGGCAUUUACCUGUGUUGUAUAUAUUGAUAGUUUGCCAAAAAAUACAUAUAUUUAAUAUAAAAAUUAAUUAAAAAGUCGAGUUCUGAAUAGGGUAGAACCAAUAUGGGAUUAAUAUAGGGGUAGAUAAUUGAGCCCAGGAUAUAGGACCCUUUAAAUAUUCUGUCGAAUCCAUAGUGGGAUAUUAAUAUUAAACAAUGACCCAUUUAGUCCUUUAUAUGAGAAAACCGAUAGGGGGCAUUAUUUUCCAUCUCCCAUACAUAUGUAUAUAUGUAUGUGGGUUAAACCUGAACAGGAUUGUCUUAAAUCUGUUUAGAAUACUAGUCUUUAUGCAUAUUUGUGAAAAAUUAUCGUAUUUGAGAUCGGUAUUGUUUAAUUUUUCCAACAAGCUUCCAAAUAUACUGUGUGAUGUACUUAUGUUGUAUAUAUGUUGAGUGGCCCCUAGGGGGCUUUCUUGAGUUUUAGAUUUAGAGUAUUUUUUUACUCUCUCCCGUUCAGUGAAUCCCGCCCGCCCGUUUAGAUUUAGUCGGCACGUCACUAUGGUAACGUAUCAACUUCCGGGUUGCGUUCCACGCUGGAACGCAAAUACAAGCAGCAGAGUUCAGCUGCAAAAGACCUGUCUAAAGGUCAAUUUUACCCUCGUUUUUUCGGGCGUGUAA